UUUCAGUUUCCGGUUUGAAAGCUGUUUCCAGUGGAGCACAGUUAGCAUAGGUCUGAAAAAUGUCCGGAUCUAAAAACUCCUCCUCUGCGGUCUUCAGAGACCUAAGAGGGCGAACAACAACAAGAUCUGAAUCCGGAGAGGAGCCCCAGCACCAUAGAAAACCACUGGAUGUGGUUUCAACACCUGAGAUUAAUCUGCAGGGAGCAGGUGCUCAUGAGGUGCUGGUGAGUCAAGAAGAGCCUAGCCCUGAGCAGCAGGAGUGGAGCCCCAGUUGGGACCAGGAGGACACUGGGCCCCCACAAAUUAAAGAGGAACAGGAGGAACUUUGGAGCAGUCAGGAGGGAGAGCAACUUGGAGGAAUAGAGGAGGCUGAUACCAAGUUACCCUUCACAAUUGUUGUUGUAAAGAAUGAAGAUGAUGAAGAGACAACCCAGUCCUCUCAGCUUUAUGGGAGACACACCGAACAGAUGGAAACAGGAGCUGAUGGAGAGGACUGUGGAGGAGCAGAAGCAGCCAGGAACUCAGAUUCAGAGACACAUUUACAACCAGAGACCGUGGUCAAGACUGAAGACUUUUCUGAGGCUGAGACUGAAGACAGUGAUGGAUGGAGGGAAGCCACAGAAAAUCAAUCAGAGAUAGACUCUGUGGAAAACUCUCAAAAUAAGAGACAAAAUACUGAUGAGAAAUCUCACAGCUGCCCUGAAUGUGGUAUUACAUUGAAAAAUAAACAGAAUCUUGGCAGACACAUGAGAAUUCACACAGGAGAGAAGCCAUUCAGUUGCUCUGCCUGUGGAAAGAGAUUUAACCAAAAAACUCAUCUUGCACGUCACCUGGGAAGUCACUUGUCGAAAAAACCCUACAGUUGCUCUGGUUGUGAUCAAAGAUUCUCUUGGCCUAAACAGUUUAAAAAACACAAGUGUGUUGGAGGUCCAGGUUCAGAGCUUCGACAAGACCAAAAUGAGGAGAAAAGAGAUGCAGAAACAGGAGCUGCUGGAGAGGAUGGUGGAGGAGCAGAACCAGCGAGGAACUCAGAUCCAGAAAAGAAGAAAGACAGCAAUGACUGGCGAAGGAUAACGGAACAACAGUUAAAUUUAAUCUCUGCAAAAAAACAUAACUAUGUGAGACAGAAGACUGGUAAGAUAUCACUUACCUGCCCGGAGUGUGGUAAAACCCCUAAAACGAGAAGAGAUCUGAGACAACACAUGUUAGUUCACACAGGAGAAAGACCCUUCAGCUGCUCUGAGUGUGGUAAAAGGUUCAACCAUAAGUCUUAUCUAACACUUCACAUGGCCCAUCACAGAGGAGAGAAACCCUACAGCUGUUCUGGUUGUGACAGAAGAUUUGCUUGGUUUAAUCAGUUAAAAAGGCACAAGUGUCUUGGACCUCAACCCCCAGAGCUUCAUCAAAGCCAAACUGAGAAAAGAGAGGCAGAAACAGGAGCUGAUGGAGAGGACUGUGGAAGAGCAGAGCUAGCCAGGAACUCAGAUCAAGAGAGAAAUUUAAAACCAGAGACUGAGGACAUUUCUAAACCUGAAAUGGAGGAUAUUGAUCAUUGGAUGAAGACUACAGAUACUCAGUCAGGAUUAAUAUCUGUAGUAAACACAAAAAAUAAGAGGCGUAAGAGACCGCACUGUUGCUUUGAAUGUGGUAAAACAUUUGAGAGCAACAAAGAUCUGACCAGACACAUUAGAAUUCACACAGAAGAGAAACCCUUCAGUUGCUUUGCAUGUAGAAGAACAUUUAGCCAAAAAGAGCACCUGAGCAGACACAUGCUCGUUCACACAGGAGAGAAACCCUUUAGUUGCUCUGAGUGCGGUAAGAGAUUUAGCCAAAAGUCUAAUCUGACACUUCACAUGGCACAUCACAGAGGAGAUGAACCAUUCAGCUGCUCUGUUUGUAGUAAAAGAUUUAACCAAAAAGAUCAUCUGACCAGACACAUGUUAGUUCACACAGGAGAGAAACCAUUCGUCUGCUCUGAGUGCAACCAGCGUUUUAAAUCAAAGUAUAAUCUCACACGUCACAUGAUACAACACAAAGGGGAGAAACCAUUUGGCUGUCCAGGCUGUGACAGAAGAUUCUUUUUGAAAUUUCAGCUAAAAAAUCACAAGUGUCCCAAAGGUCAGGCUUCAGGGGUUUAUCAAAAGAAAACUGAGGGUCAAAAUGAGGCAGAACCAGAAGCUGAUGAAGAGGACUUUGGAGGAGCAGAGCCAGCCAGAAACUUAGAUCCAGAGAGACAUUUUCAACCAGAGAUUGAGAUCAAGACUGAAGUUUACUCUGAACCAGAGAGUGAAGACCAUGAAGACUGGUUUGACAUCAGGGAACAUCAGAUAGGUUAAGUUUUGAGAUUAACUGGAUUGAUUCUCAUUGAUUUCAGAUGUUGGCUUGGUAUUAAACCCCUCAUCUGCUCUAUAUUCUAUUCAGUCCCAGUGGGCAGGUAAUUUUUGAGAACCAGUGUUUUCCCAAUGUUCUCAAAAAUAGCCUUUCACACACACACACCAUGUUCUCGAUAACCUCUUUGUCCACAAGAAACUGCAAAAAGGCACUGUUUGUGCUGCAACAACCAUACCAUGUGACCAGCUGUCUGUCCCUCUAGUGCUGGCAAAGCAGAAGCAUAUCCAUGAAAAACAUUUUGUCACCUUUUCUCUGCAAUAGCCAUGUCUUUUUCAAAGUUGUUCUAUCAACCCAAACUUAGUUAGCAGCAGUUUAUAAUGCUGCAUGAAAGAGGAAUGACCUCUGUAGUCCACUCAGGCAUCUCUGUUUACCAGUAUUGUGGGGAACCAACUGUGUAUCUGUUUGUCAAAUAUCCAGUCAGCAGUGUUAAAAACGGCACAAAUUUCCUCCGUCUGUUUUUGCCAUGUAAACGAAAAUGAUAACACCCCUCACAGCCACAUCAAACAGAGGAGGAAUGGGCACACAGUGUGAUGUAAACAGCCCAAAACUCAGCUUUUUCCUGUCUACUCAUAAAUGUUGUAUAGGAGUUUCUGAAAAUCUUCACCCUGGAAGGAAUUUUACCAAAGGUGCAUUUUCAGAGACCAACUAUGCUGCCUGCAUAUGUACAGAAGGCCAAAACACAGAAAAAAAACCUUUUCAAAAAUCCCCUACAUUCAUGGCCUCAGUUAUCUUCUGAGGGGCAGAAAUCAAAUCUAUUAAUUUCUGUUGAUAUGUGGAAAUAAACUUAGGACAAAAGGAACAUUCCUUUGUGGGAUG